GGAACCAAGCCCGAACGCCCAAUAUAAAUAACAACCAUGCUCUUUGGCCAUACCCUGAUCGCCCUCCUCGCGAGCACAGCCCUCACCUCAGCUGCGGCCAUUGCCCCGGCCUCAGUCGAUGAGCACCACGACCUUUCGCUAGCAGACCGGUCAACCAAGAACACGAACCCGUUCGCGAAAAUCAAAGCCUCGAAAGCCACAUGGGCUAAAGCAGCCAAGCUUUGUAAACAAGGCAGCCACAAACGUGAGCUGGACGAGUUCGACGGCGAGUACUACCUCUACGACGAUUACGACUCACUCGCCCCCAGCCCCGACGAAUCGCUCACCACCACCAUUAACAACAACGCAAACUUCAAACUCCGAACAAACACCUGGCCCCCCCAACCCCCCGCAGGCUUCACGUCGGUAGAGAUGGGAAAGCAAAAGGGCGAGCGCGACCCAAUGGGCCUGCGGACGUACGGACUGGUGACGUGCCUGGGCAUCGGGGGGACAGGCACGCAGGCGGACGGCAGCAAGAACGAGCGGUUCCUGAUGCACCUGGUGGCGGCGCAGACGGGAAUGGAGAGGCACAUCCCGGACACGCGCGAGACGACCUGGGACGCCGAGUUCCGGGAGUUCAACGAUGAUCUCCAUCAGGCUGUGGAGGAGGUGCUGCAGGAGUUAGUGGGUAGGGCGCCCAAGGUAGUCAAGCGGCCUGUGGCGCCUGCGCUGGCGCAUACCCUGCCCCAUGGGACUAUGCAGAUUGAUCGGGAGAAUAGGGUGCAGGUUGAUGGGAGGGCGGUUGCUUAG